AUGUGGUUUAGUAUUGCAUUUGUAAUAGGUGCCGUUGUAAUGGUUAUACGUUUACUAGAUAAACAGGGACUUAUUAAUUGGGGUCUGAUUCUUGGAGAAUUGAAGAGUAUCAUUAGUGGAAUAAAGUAUUAUACGUUACGCACAACAUUAACUUCACAACCAGACUCAUUGCUCGGAACAAUGUUUCAAGAUAGAAACGAAGCGUUACUUCAUCCAAUCAGCGGUAAUGAAUAUUUUAUCGAUCGGAAUGGACUCGCAUUUCAUUACAUUCUCGAAUACUAUCGAACUGGAAAAAUACUAUGGCCAAAAAAUAAUAAUUCAUCAUCCGUGGCAAAAGAUAUGAUCACAACUGAAGAAUUACAGCAAGAAUUCGAUUACUUUCAAAUACCAUCAACUUUCACCGAUCUAUCACAAGCUCAUAAAUCAGCCGCAUCUCUACUCGACGAAUUUAUCACUUCCCUCAAAGAUUCCGCGUAUGAGCCAAUUUCGCGUUUUCACACGGGAAUCGAAUUAAUCUUUUAUCGAGACGGAUCAAUACCGUCGAUUAUUCCGAAGUUCGAUUUACCGUCAAUAUCGAGUAUUCAAUGGCGUUUCAAACUUGAAGGUUUCCAAAUGUUGGAGUUGUUUGGCGAGGAGAUCGAGUUCCAUAUGAGAGCUGCUUUGACAGAUUUCAAUUUUAAAAUAUCACCCGUAAGCGCGUAUGACGGAAGUAAAAAUAUCGCUGGUUGGCGCAUUACCAUGUCUACUAAACCAUUGGAUAAGUUAUCGGUUCUUGGUAAUUCAUGUCUUGUGCAAGAUAAAAUUAUCUAA